AUAAUUAUUGCCAGCAGAGACAGGACGUUAUUAGUUAAGAAGAUAUGAAAAAAAUUGGUGUUUAUAAAUUGUACGAACAUAAUGGCUGAGAUUAAAUCUAUGGAGCAUUCAACUCUCAAAGUUCCUUAUGAAGUUUUAAACAAAAAAUUUCGAGUCGCGCAAAAAAAUCUUGAUCGUGAAUUGGAUCAAAUACAGCAUUCUUCGAGGGAUGUUGAAAACCUUAUAACAAGAACUAAAAUCUUGCCAACAGUGGAUGAAGUCGGUGCAUUGGUAGGAAAUGUGGUUGAUCGCAUACAGAUAUUAAAAAGGAAAGCAGGGGAAAGUUUACUGGAGGAAUUAAAUGCGGGAUUAGUUUGCAAACGUAAAAUACAACAUUUGAAGGUGAUAGUUCCGCCCGAUUCUAAUGUGUGUUACGACGCUUGGCAAGCCUCAAUAGACCAGUGGAAAAGGACUCGAAUGGACCGCAUUGUAAUAGAAUAUCUACUUAGAAGAGGAUAUUAUGAAACGGCAGAGUGCCUUGCAAGGAAGUCUGAUAUUCGAAGUUUAACUAAUCUUGAAAUUUUCCACACAUCCAGAGAAGUAGAGGAGGAUCUCUUUAAACAUAAAACUUUAAAAUGUGUUUUGUGGUGCAACGACAAUAAAUCUAAACUUCGGAAAAUAAAUUCUAAUAUGGAAUUCAGUUUACGCGUUCAAGAAUUUAUUGAACUUGUUCGGAGUGAUAACCGAGUUGAAGCAGUUAAAUAUGCAAGGAAAUAUUUUCAAAGUUUUGAAAAAACACAACUAAGGAAAAUAUGCAAGUGCAUGGCUUUAUUGGCGUAUCAACCAAAUACAGAAACGGAGCCAUACAAAACCUUAUUCAGUGAAGCUCGUUGGAACGAUCUUGUUUUAAAUUUUCGAAAUGAAAACUAUCGUUUAUUUCAACUAUCAACUCAGUCUUUACUCAGUGUUGCAAUACAAGCUGGAUUAUCAUCAUUAAAAACACCACAAUGUUAUUCUCCUAACUGCAAAAAUCCUCAUUGCCCUGUUUGUCAAGAAGAUUUCAAUAAAAUCGCUAGGAAUUUGCCAUAUUCACAUUGUGUUCAGAGUCGCCUAAUUUGCAGUGACAUGGCCCUUUAAACUAGUUUGAAACCAAUUUGAAGCCGACAGAGCAGGCCCACAUUCAUCGUGCGUUCAGAGAGAACAACAAAAAGCGAAGAAAACUUGCACAGGCACAAAGGCCUUCCAACGUUAUUGACUAAGCCGACCCUUAUACCGACUGUUAUGAUCUAAAUAAAACACGAUGGUAAAUGGAAUAAAAUACGAGCCAUAAUUAACCCGACCCGAAAGGUCAGAGCUGGUUCAGAGAUUAAAGUUAUCGAAAACGUACCACGACUCGCAUCAUAUACCAGUAUACAAAGUCGUCAAAGGAUCAUUAACUGAUUCCGACUGGCAUGUCGAAACUAACUGUCUUAUGACACCUGAUUUACCAACCCAAGCCUAUAAUCGUGACUUAAGUGGCGAAAUCGUCAAGAAGUUGUUAUUUAUAUUAUAUAUAUGUAUAUGUAUAAUAUAUUAUUAUUUUUUCAAUUCUAUUUCUUAAUGUUACCAUAAUUAAAGUUAUAUCAUAAUAAUAAUUGUUUGCAAGAAAAAGAAAAGAAACUUGUCAUACAAUAUAUGCAACUUUAUAAUAAAUUAAGUUGAUUUUAUA